AUUUCAUAUUAUUUUGUACCAACGUUGUGAUAAUAAAACUAUAAAAAAUCAGCCGAAAUGGAUUCUCAGAUUCGCCAGAACUACGACCGAGAAUGCGAAGCUUUGAUCAACAAGAUCGUGAAUUUCGAGCUGUACGCUUCCUACACCUACACUUCAAUGGCUUACUACUUCAAACGGGAUGAUGUGGCACUUUGUGGUUUUGCCAAGUUCUUCAAGGAGAACAGCAAGGAGGAGCGUGAGCAUGCUGAGAAAUUAAUGGCCCUCCAAAUCAAGAGGGGAGGACGCAUUGUUCUUCAGGAUAUACAGAAACCAGAGCGUGAUGAGUGGGACAAUGGACUGACUGGUAUGCAGUGUGCACUGCAGCUGGAGAAGAAAAUCAAUCAGGCUCUGCUGGAUCUGCAUAAGCUGUCUUCUGAGAAGGGCGACCCUCAUUUGUGUGACUUCCUGGAGACUCACUACCUGAAUCAGAAGGUUGAGGACAUCAAGAAGCUUGGUGAUCACAUCACCAACCUGUCUAAGAUGGGUGCUGGCGGCAACAACAGGAUGUCAGAGUACCUGUUUGACAAGCACACCCUGGACGGACAGAGCUAAAUGCAACCCUCAGAUCCUAGGCCUACUAUAAAAUGAAACGUUCUUAUCACACUGCUUUUAUGCAAAUGUUUUUUUUUUUUUUUUUUUUUUUUUUGAUUGAAAGGUUAGCAUCCUGAAAAAGUUGAAUUUCAUAACUGUUAAAUUAUACAGUCUUUCUUUUAAAUUAGUUUAAUCUA